AUAGUCAAAAAUUAGGUUAUGAAUUCGUAUAGGUGACUGUGUGGGUGGUAAAAUGUUUCAGAUUUAGUAAUGGGAGAUUUUUAAAUCAAUUCUAAUUUAAUUUAAUUUACGUUUUAAGUAGCCAGACAGGUAUACGGAUUGUAAUGAUUCCAUUACAAAAGUUAUUUUUGAAACGUGAAAGUGUUUCUGGAAUUGUGUUGAGAUAUAAAAAUUGAUUACCCAAGACCCAUAUUAAGGUACUUAAUGCAUGGGGUUCAACUUAGAUGAAGUUUGUUUAGAAAAUUCAAAAUAAUUCGUGUUAAAUACGUGAUUAAUUUUAGUGAUGACAAGUAAUUUUUAUUAACUGUGAUAGUAUAUAAUGUGAUUGAAAUAAAUUAGAGUUGCGGAAGCACAAUUAUCAAUUUAGUAUUUACUUUAUUACCAUGGACAAAGGGGACCAGAAAUUAAGAAAUUCAUCAAAAACCCAUGGUAAUAAUGAUUCGAGCUCAAAUUCUACUUCCACUGUGCUUAUGGUCGGCCCUAAUUUCAAAGUUGGUAAGAAGAUAGGAUGUGGAAAUUUCGGGGAACUUCGUUUAGGGAAAAACUUGUAUACUAAUGAACAUGUAGCAAUAAAAUUGGAACCGUUUAAAACAAAAGCUCCUCAACUGCAUUUAGAAUAUAGAUAUUAUAAGUUAUUGGGAAAUCACGAAGGUAUACCUGAUGUUUAUUACUUUGGACCUUGUAGUAAAUUCAACGCUCUGGUUAUGGAAUUAUUAGGCCCUAGUUUAGAGGAUUUAUUUGAUGUUUGUGAUCGUAAAUUUUCUCUAAAAACAGUUUUGGUAAUAGCGAUACAGCUUUUACAUAGAAUCGAGUACGUUCAUUCGAGGCAUCUUAUAUACAGGGACGUAAAACCGGAAAAUUUCCUCAUAGGUCGUAAUGGUAGUAAAAGAGAGAACGUUAUACACAUCAUCGAUUUCGGUUUAGCUAAAGAAUAUAUCGAACCGGAAACCAACAAGCAUAUACCGUACAGAGAACAUAAAUCUUUAACGGGCACCGCGAGAUAUAUGUCGAUAAACACACAUUUAGGUAGAGAACAAUCGAGAAGAGACGAUUUAGAAGCUUUAGGUCACAUGUUUAUGUAUUUUUUGAGAGGUUCUUUACCGUGGCAAGGACUCAAGGCGGAUACUUUGAAGGAACGUUAUCAAAAAAUCGGCGAUACCAAAAGGGAAACGUCGAUAGAAAGUUUAUGUAAAGGUUACCCCGAAGAAAUGGCGACGUAUUUACGUUACGUCCGAAGAUUGGAUUUCUUCGAAACGCCAGAUUACGAAUACCUGAGAAAUUUGUUUAUCAAUUUAUUUAAAAAUAAGGGUUGCAUUGAUGACGGCGAAUUCGAUUGGUCGGGGAAAACUACUAACUUAUCGGCGGGAUCUUUACCGACGGCCACUCAGGAAUUCGCCAUAUCUCCGAUACGAGAAAAGCGUGUUAAUAAUGCCAAACAUGGCGCCGGGGGGAAUUUGACGCCGAUCGAACGACCCGGUUCGUUUUUAUUAGUCAAUUCCGCCAACGGGGAGCUCCAAGGUGGUAAUUCAAUGGCGCACAGUAAUACACCCAUCACACAAACCAAAAACGUUGAAGUUGUGGAAGACACCAAAUGUUGCGGGUUCUUCAAGAGGAAAAAGAAGAAAGUUGUGUCGGAUAAAUGAAUUAUAAAUUCUGUAAGGGAUGGGUUAUAUUGUUGUAGGUGAACAUAUUUAUGUUAUACGAGGUGAUUCAAAAAUUACUUAAUUUUUUCUUCAUCGUUUCUAAAAUUCCUUAAAUUUAAUUUUUCCGCACUUUCUUCUUGGUGAUUUGUUCAGUUUUCCGAAAAUUUCGACUUUAUCUUGAAAUUCUCUGUAAUUUAUUUUUUUCUUCUCGAAUUCAUUUGAAAUUUCUUCUUUUCUACUAAUGCUUUUUUGACAUGUCUUGAAUUUCUUCUUUUUUCCUCAAUUUCUUAACUUUCUUCUUUUUCCCCCCCAUUUCUUCGUUUUCCUCAAUUUCUCAAAUUCCUUCUUUUUUCCCUCAAUUUCUUCUUUUUCCCCAAUUCCUUAAAUUUCUUCUUUUUCCCCAAUUUCUCAAAUUUCUUCUUCUUUUCCUCAAUUUCUUCUUUUUCCCUCCAUUUCUACUUUAUCCUCGAUUUCUUAAAUUUCUUCUUUUUCCCCAAUUUUUACUUUUUGCCUGAAUUUCAUAAAUUUCCUCUUUUUCCCCUCCAUUUCUUCUUUUUCCUCAAUUUCUCAAAUUUCUUCUUUUUUCCCUCAAUUUCUUCUUUUUCCCUCCAUUUCUUCUUUUUCCUCAAUUUCUCAAAUUUCUUCUUUCCCCCUCAAUUUCUUCUUUUUCCCCAAUUUCUACUUUUUGCCUGAAUUUCUUAAAUUUCCUCUUUUUUCCCUCAAUUUCUCAAAUUUCUUCUUUUCCCCCUUAAUUUCUCCUUUUUCCCCCCAUUUCUUCUUUUUCCUCAAAUUCUCGAAUUUCUUCUUUCCCCCCUCAAUUUCUUCUUUUUCCUCAAUUUCUUCUUUCCCCCCUUUCCUCAAUUUCUUAAAUUUCUUCUUUUUCCCCAAUUCCUUAAAUUUCUUCUUUUUUCCUCAAUUUCUUCUUUUCCCCCAAUUUCUCAAAUUUCUUCUUUUUCCCCUCAAUUUCUUCUUUUUCCCCAAUUUCUACUUUUUGCCCGAAUUUCUUAAAUUUCCUCUUUUUUCCCUCCAUUUCUUCUUUUUCCUCAAUUUCUCAAAUUUCUUCUUUUUUCCCUCAAUUUCUUCUUUUUCCCUCCAUUUCUUCUUUCCCCCUCAAUUUCUUCUUUUCCCCCAAUUUCUUCUUUUCCUCCAAUUUCUCAUUUUUUCCUGAAUUUCUUAAAUUUCUCCUUUUUUCCCUCCAUUUCUUCUUUUUCCUCAAAUUCUCGAAUUUCUUCUUUUCCCCCUCAAUUUCUUCUUUUUCCCCAAUUUCUUCUUCUCCUCCAAUUUCUCUUUUUUCCUAAGUUUCUUAAAGUUCUUCUUUUUUCCUCAAUUGUGCAAUUUCUUCAAUUUUUAGCGAUUUCUUCAGUUUUCUUCAAUUCCAUCUUUUGUCAUUUCUUAAUUUUCCAAAAAAUUUUCCUUUAUCUUGAAUUUUUCUACAAUUUCUUCUUGUUUUCUUGAAUUCCUUUGAAAUUUCUUCUUUUCUACGAAUGCUUUUUUCGUCAGUUUCUUCAAUUUUUUUGCGAUUUCUUCAAUACAAUUUUCAGUGAUUUCUUCAGUUUCUUCAAUUCAAGUUUUUGUUAUUUCUUCAAUUUUUCGAAAAUUUUUUCUAUAUCUUCAAAUUUUCUGUAGUGUCUUCGUUUUUUCUUGAAUUUACUCGAAAUUUCUUUUUUUCUAUGAACGUUUUUUUCGAUAAUUCUAAGUGUUUCUUUCAAUUUCUUUAAAUCAAGUUUUUUUUUAUUUCUUCGAUAUUCCCUAACCUAACACCAUUAGGCCACCAAAAUUGAUAGAAUCGUCUCACAAAGUUCCAGAAAAUGAACAAAAUUCUGAGAAACAGUUAGAAUUUUCUCCGAUGGCUUAUAAAAUCAAGAAAAUUUGCCAUCAAGAAACCCAUAAAUUGCUACAAUUUGAAAAAAAUAAUCGACCAUAUUUUUGAACACACCUCGUAUAGUAAAUAUAAAUGUGUUAAAAUAACGAGGUUGUAGAAAACAUUAAUUUAAUCUAAGUCACGUAACUUUUUUUGUAUUUUUAAAUAUUUUUAUUAGGUUUAAAAAAAUCAAAGCGACUGUUGAAUUCUAGUCUAUAUAUUUAAGACAUGUUUUUAUUUUUUAGCAUAGGUAAUAAAAAUAACCAUAUUCAUAUGAUGUUUCCCUGUACAUAUUCUCAAAUAAUAUCACAUGUAAUAAUAAACUGUCAAAAUGAUAUUGGCCUUCGUUUAUAUGAUUUUCCAGUCACUUUUAUAACAUGUGUUCGAAGAGGCUGUUCGUUAAUAUCAUUUAAAGGAAGUGAAUGAAUUGCAAAAACAAACGUACACGCAGUUAUAAAUAUAUUUAGUACCACUUCACGAACGCGUACAGCGCUGGUAACGAACAGAUCUUGCGAAUAAAUCUUUCAUUUCUAUGAUCAGUUUUGUAACUUGUAAUAUAAACUCAAUAUUUAUGAUCUACAAAAAAAUUAUGAUCAUAAAUUAGUCAAAUAAUAUGAUUAAAUUUUUAUUUAACGACGGAAUUAAAAAAAACGAAAUCUAAUGGAAUUUUUUGCACGACCAAUUUGAGUUGAUAACAAACACCACGUUACUUUUUAAUUGAUUAUAUUUUUAAGACGCAGGCAUUGAUAUGAUAAUAAUAAAGCUGACUAAUGUCGUUAAAUUCAAGAUAGAUAUGAUAAUUCGUCACCUUGGAUUCUAAAGUGAUAGUUAUUCAAAAAAAAUUAUCUGAAUCAAAUAUGCUGAAUUAGCAUUUACAGAUACAAGACUUAUACGAGGGUAGGUCGAUGAGAUCUACCUCCGUAUUAUAAAAAUUUAUGUACGUUGACGUAAAGCACCUCUCAACAAUGUUGUCAGACUUUCAAAAAAAGUUUGGAGACGGAGAAAAUGUAAUGUUUUGAAAUAGUAAUACAUCACUUUAUAUAUGGUUGUUUAAUUGAUAAUUAUUGUAAAUACUUAAUUUAUUAUUAUAAAAAAUAAUAUAAGCGAUUAACAGUCUUGAAAUUUUUCAUUUAUUUUGAUUGUUAAAUAUAAUAUUCAAUGAUAUUUUAACAGCUUCCUGGACUUGUUAUUAAAAAUAUAUCUAAUGUUGGAUUG